AUGUCACUCAUUCCGUAUAAGUUCUUCACUCAAAGUGGUCGCUCUCAUUCUGAGGCUUCCACUUACACGACGGUCUCCAGGCUCCAGCACAAGAUCCGCCACAUUUUGAGCUCGUCAAGGGGCAACUGGAUGGACUCCGCGCAGAACAACGAGACGAAGGACUGUAAGGCCAUGCUUCCACUCUUCUGACUAGACAUUUUGUCUUCUAGUUUGCCAAAGGCGGUUGCUCUUUAUAGCUUUCAAAGUUCUUAUUCACCGCCUAUUUUGACUAAAACAACAAAAUAAAUGAUUUGAUUGAUUGAAGUCAUGAUAUUUGAAGUUUGACUAAAAAUUAAAAUUCAUACUUGUAUUAUAAAAAAAAGGACAUUAGUUUUAGAUUUAGAUGCAGAAAAAAUUCAGAGUUUUUUUUUUGAUAGAAUGCAAGAUGAUCUCUUCAAGUCGUCCAUUCUCAAAAGCCGAGAUUUUCAAAGACCCAGAAUUUUUUCAAACAAACUAAAGUGGCGAAUUUUGAAACAAAAAACUUUUCCGAUUGAUAGAUAUGAAGUGAACUAUCAAAUUAGUAUAAGGUCAAUUUAUCAAAAGGAAGACAGCACGAAGACGUGUAGAUGACGGCGACAGGCCAAGCCGGAUUGGCCACGUCUCGGAAAUCCCGACGCUUCUUUUCACCUUCGCGUUUCCAUUCAGUUUCCCCGCUUGUCUCAAUUAUCCUUCGUCACUGUCCCUUUCUUCCGGACCAUUCAAAUCGUUUGCAUCUUUUAUGACCCCAUUUGAGUUUUUAUCACUCAUUUAUCUUCUUUUCAGGUUAUGGCAUUUCUCCUGUUGCUGUUGGUUUUGUUGAUACCUGUCGAUUCUUCUUCUGUUUCAUGUGAGUUAUUUCAAUCGCCUUCAAUUUUUUUUUGCUGAUUUUUCAAGAAAAAUUUUAAUGUGAUCAAAAGAUCAACGAGUCAUUGAGCGCAGAAAAACCUUUUUUUCAAGAUUUCAUCACAUAAAAUUCUCAUUUUUCCGCAAUUUUCAAAAUACAGAUAGAAAGAUUGUCGAACUUCGGGAGAAAUUUCUUAGUUAAUUUUCGAGAUUUCUGGCAUUCGAAAUUUAUCUCAAAAUCUAUUUUCCAAAAUUACUCCAUUUCAAAGCCGUCAAUAAGUUGAAAAAAAAAACUGAGAACUGGUCAAGCGACUGAAAAAAUAUUUUUAACGCGAAAUCAUUCCUUUUAUAUUUCUGAAAAGCUGAAUUUUUGUUUGUAACCGGUAAGGACAUUAACUCGUAGUGCAAUGAAAAUCUCCCUCGACAUUUCACGAUCCUUCUCUCUUGAGAAAUUUUCAAGCACAUCGAAGAUGAAAAUUAUUUCAAUAAUGAACGGCUGUUGAGAAUAAUAACUUCAUAUCCCAAUUUCACUCGAGCUUUAUAAUUUCAGUCAGAAAUUGUUUCAAAAGGAUACCACGAAGGUCUGUGGAUAAUGAUCCUCCGAUCGCCGAAUAUAGACGAGAAUCUGUUUCUUCUUGUAUGAAACACUGCAUAAUGGCUGCUGGGAACAAGCCAAAAACGGUUCGAUUCGAUUCUCUCUUUGUCGAACUAGAGCAAUCGAUUAAGGGCUCUACCUGCAAAUCUUUUACUUUUGAUCCUAGCACAAUGACUUGCCGUUUAUACGACCACAACGGAAACAAGGUUCCCAUUUCCUUUUUUUCCGAUUUUCAAUUUCGCCAGGUUCCUGCAAUCAUCCAUCCGGCUAUAGGAACUGAUUUCUAUCAACGCAUUUCGGAUGUUGAAGACUGUGCAGGUGAAAAUAUUUUUCCAUUUCCUUCUCAGCAUUUCCCUUUUUCAGGCCCUAUCGUUGGUCAAAAAAUAAACCACAAUUUUGUCAUGCUUCGUUCUGAUUUCAAGAACAAGCCGCAAAAAGUGAGAUUUUUUCCCUAUCGAAGAAUGAAAAGUUGGAAAGAUCAUUUAAAAAGGCAAAAAUUCAAGAAAAAAAGACUAUAUUUUCUCAGUUUUCAUCGAGUGCCAUCUAUUUUUUGCUAAGCCUGAAGAGAUUUGAAAAGUGGAAUUUAGAUUCUGGAUGGUCAUUCUUUUUUUUUUUGUUCGACAGUAAAAGAACAGAAGAUUUUUUUUCAAAAAACCUCUUUUAAAAUUCAAAAACUCCACGAUUCACUUUUUGAGCCACUCAAGCGUUGUUCACUAAGAUUUUUAAACUUUUUCCUUCAGUCGAUACUGGAAACGCCAAAAAAGGAGCUUUCAAACGGGGACUUGCCGGAAGCAGAGUGGGACUUUGAUUUCUUACAACUAUGAAAAAAAAACUUCCUUCAGGAUGGAUGACUUCCUGCUCAAGUCGCGAGCACUGAGCGCACCAAUGUGAGAACAAAUUCCAGCUUAUGAUUUAUUAAGACUUUUCAGCGUCAAGGCAAAUAACCGAGACGUUCUCCGUUCGAUUCCAACAGGACAAAAUAUUGAGGAAAUGACUCAGCCAAUAGGUAGAAAAAUUUACACAGAAAUGGGAAAUCAAAAUUUUUUCUAGUUCUGAAGUAGAACCCAGCGAAAUUUUCAUCAAGAACUGUGACUUUUUUCACUUUCUUUUGAGCAAGAUAAGUAACUUUUGUUACCCUGCUUCAAAAGAAGUUGCAUGUGUCCCGUUCCUAUGAAAACUUCGAGGAGCUUUUUAUUCAAUGAAUGAGUUACUAGAAAAACAGUAAUAUGGAGGAUCUUGGAACAGAAGAAGAGGCCUGCGGAACGACGAUGGGUUAUUACGUUGUUGUUGGCAAUGAAAUCGCCAUGUCCAUCAGCGAUGGCGACGUCAAAGUGUACAAUGGGGUCGAGCAAGGCAAUUGUGCGAAUUUCUGCAGUCAGAACCAGGUUAUAAACGUUUGCUAGGCCAAAAAAGGUUCAUCCUUUGGUUUGAAGACAGUAUUCGAACUUCUUGAUUCCCUCAAUUAGCAUUAAAAAAAUCCAGAGUAACUAAAACCAAAUAUCGUAAUUCGGAAAAUUGAGAUUUUUUCAAUUGACCGAUAAAUUACUUUUCAGUUUUAUUAUUUUUUUAGAACACCUAUUUCCAAAAAAAUUUUAAUUUUCAAUUAUCAUUCAUUAUCUACAAUAACUGAUGGAACCAGGGUCCUGACGGAGAGAAAAUCAAGUGCCGUUCUUUGAACUACUUCCCACUCGACCACAAAUGCGAACUGUACAGCAUUCUGGCUGAACCUCACGGCACAGGAAACCUUCUUCAGAACGACAAAGUUAUCUACGCGGAAAAGUUUUGCCUGCCAGGUGGUUGAAAGUCGUUUUUACACUCUGAGACGAACGCCGCUGUUCAGAUGCUAAAAUCAAGUGCCAGAAAGACGAGAUUUUCAUUCUUCACGCUCAGAAAACUAUUUCCAAGAGGAGAAUCGGAGCCUCGGAAGCUGUCAGCGUCUCGGACUGUCUUUCCAAAUGCAUUUCCAAUCCGAAAUGUCAAGUGAGAUUAUGCAGGAAGUAACAUCAAAAACGUAUACAGCUAAAAAAAAUAAGAGGGAUAGCGCUUUUUUGAAUGACGAGAAGUUUCUCCUUAUUGAGUUGACCUUGACUUUCUUCAAAAAGACAAAAAAUUAGGUUCUUCAUUUGAACUUCGCAGACUCUAAAAUCCUCAACUAUUGAAGCUUUUUGAGAUAAUCGUUCAGUUUGCGAGCUUCGAAAUGUUAAGAAAUUAAUUUUCUAUAAAAGUUUUUAGGUUUUUAGUUAUAUUGUUUCGCAGUCAAUAUUGAAAAACUUCAAGAUUUUAUUAUUUUUUCUUCUCGCAACUUUUUUGAUCUUGCUGCGUUCAGAGCAGCGUUUUGAACUCGGAAAAGAAGACAUGUGAGCUGUUCGAUGUCAGUCCCAGCUCUGUCGAACUCGUGGAGGAUGCUCCACCGGCCACAGUUUUGAUCGAAAAUGGAUGCUAUCACUCCUCACCCGUAGCCCAAUCUUUUGAUAAUUCACAGACCGAAGUGAGCCUUUUUUUUCUGUCCUAAACUUAUUUGAAUUUCAGAGAUCCGAGUGGUCUGACUGUAGUUUCAAAGUCAAUGGGAAGCCGGUCAAGGUGAAACAUUACUAUGUUUUAAAAACUAACAAUUUUUUUCAGACAAGGACCUCUGACGGUGUUGUUGAAGUGAAAGAAUGCUGA